AUGACGAUUUCAAACUUUUUACGAUUAUCAAACGUUGUUAGGAGUGUAAAUAAAUCAAAUGUUUCACAAAUCGAGAAAUUCUCGUCACACGUCAAAUAUGCAGAACACAAGCCUUUGGAAAAGAUCAGAAACAUUGGUAUUUCUGCCCAUAUAGAUUCAGGGAAAACCACUCUUACUGAGAGAAUACUGUACUAUACCGGCAGAAUAGAUCAAAUGCAUGAGGUCAAAGGCAAAGACAAUGUGGGUGCUGUCAUGGACUCUAUGGAGUUAGAACGCCAAAGAGGUAUCACUAUCCAAUCUGCAGCCACUUACACCAUCUGGAAGGAUCACAACAUCAACAUCAUAGACACUCCUGGCCACGUAGAUUUUACUGUAGAGGUAGAAAGAGCAUUGCGAGUGUUGGAUGGGGCUGUGCUAGUGUUAUGUGCUGUCGGUGGAGUACAGAGCCAGACUUUGACUGUAAACAGACAAAUGAAGAGAUAUAAUGUACCGUGUCUGGCUUUUAUUAACAAACUUGAUAGGAUGGGAGCUAAUCCUUAUAGGGUUAUAAAACAAAUGCGUUCCAAAAUGAACCACAAUGCCGCAUUUGUUCAGCUUCCAAUAGGAUUAGAGAAAGAAUGCCAAGGUAUCUUAGAUCUGAUUGAGGAGAGAGCUAUCUACUUUGAUGGUGAUUACGGAGAGUCCAUCAGGUACGAUGAGGUACCGAAAGACAAUAGAGCAGAAGUACAGGAGAGGAGACAUGAGCUAAUUGAGCAUUUGUCCAAUGUUGAUGAGACUUUGGGAGAACUAUUCCUUGAAGAAAAAACACCAACAGUAGCAGAUAUAAAGCAGGCCGUCCGACGAACAACCCUCAAACGUUCCUUCACCCCAGUUCUCGUAGGCACAGCGUUAAAGAACAAAGGAGUCCAACCUUUGCUUGAUUCUGUACUGGAGUACCUUCCAAACCCUGGUGAGGUGGAAAACACAGCCAUGUUGAAUGAAGAUAAGGAGGGAGAGGGCCAAACAAUUGUGUUGGAUCCUUCGAGGAAUGAUAAGAAGCCAUUUGUUGGCUUAGCGUUCAAGUUGGAAGUGAGCAAGUUCGGUCAGCUCACAUACUUGAGAUGUUACCAGGGAAUGUUGAAGAGAGGAGAGAAUAUUUUUAAUGCUAGAACUAAUAAGAAGGUGAAAAUCUCUCGCCUAGUGCGAAUGCACUCAAACAACAUGGAAGAAGUAACAGAAGUGAUGGCCGGCGACAUCUUCGCAUUGUUCGGCGUAGAUUGCGCGUCCGGUGACACGUUUGUCAACGAUGGCAAGCUACAACUGGCAAUGGAAUCUAUACACGUACCUGACCCCGUUGUUUCCAUGGCUAUCAAACCGAAGAAUAAUAAAGAUAGAGAUAAUUUCUCGAAAGCUGUUGCUAGAUUCACCAAAGAAGAUCCUACAUUCCAAUUCCGUUAUGACCCAGAUAACAAAGAGACUAUUGUCUCUGGUAUGGGUGAGCUACAUUUAGAGAUCUACGCCCAGAGAAUGGAGAGAGAAUACAACUGUCCUGUCGAGCUGGGCAAACCUAAGGUGGCGUUCAGAGAAACAAUGAUGUCCCCUUGUUCCUUCGACUACCUCCACAAGAAGCAGUCUGGUGGUGCUGGUCAGUACGCCAGGGUCACUGGUAUCAUGGAACCAUUGCCUCCACAUCAAAAUACUACCCUAGAAUUCAUAGACGAAACAAUAGGUACGAAUGUACCCAAGCAAUUUGUGCCUGGCGUAGAAAAAGGAUUUUUGGACACCUGCCAGAAAGGCUACCUGUCUGGACAUAAAGUAUCUGGCGUGAAGUUCAGGUUGCAAGACGGUGCUCACCAUAUCGUGGACUCAAGUGAACUGGCCUUCUUCUUGGCUGCUAAGGGAGCCGUUAAAGAAGUAUUCGACGACGGCGCCUGGCAGAUCCUGGAACCUAUAAUGUUCGUGGAAGUAACUCUACCGGAGGAGUUCCAUGGUACCGUGGUGGGGCAGUUGAACAAGCGAGGAGGUAUCAUCACUGGCUCGGAGGGAACUGAAGGAUGGACCACGAUAUAUGCUGAAGUACCUCUAAACAACAUGUUCGGAUAUGCUGGUGAACUUAGGUCAAUGACACAAGGCAAGGGAGAAUUCAGCAUGGAAUACAGCAGAUACUCCCCUUGCUUACCUGAUGUCCAGGAGAAGCUGAUCAGAAAACACCAAGAAGACAUGGGCCUUCUACCAGACCAAAAGAAGAAGAAGAAUUAA